AUGCCUGCCCCGCCCACGCGGGGCCGCAGCCCGGCUAAUGAGUCGGUGCAACGUGUUGCUGUUGGUGGCGGCGGCGGCGGCGGCGGCGGGGGCAGCGGCGCGGGCUCUUCCGGGCUCCGCAGCUUCCUGCCCAGCGCCGCGCAGCCGCCGGGGCGCCUGCUGCUGCUGCUGCUGCUCGCGCUCCUGGCCGCGCCCGCCGCCCGCGCCAGCAGAGCCCAGCCCGCCCCGGCCUCCGCCCCGGCCCCAGCCGGGCUCCAGCCGCCGCCGCCGCCGCCGCCGCCUCCCGGCCCGGGGCCCGGCAACGGUACCCAGCCCGCCGGCGGCCGAGGCGCCUCCAACAGCAGCGGCGACGCCCUGGUGACCCGCAUCUCCACGCUGCUCCGAGACCUGCCCACCCUGAAGGCGGCCGUGAUCGUGGCGUGCGCCUUCAGCGCGCUGCUCGUCGCCUGCCUGCUGCUGCGCGUCUUCAGGCUGGGAAAGAGACUGAAGAAGACUCGCAAGUACGACAUCAUCACCACUCCUGCCGAGCGCGUGGAGAUGGCCCCUUUGAACGAAGAGGACGAUGAGGAUGAGGACUCCACAGUAUUUGACAUCAAGUACAGGUAAAACCGUUUUCUACUGUGUUGGCGUUCUGUGGAAAGUUGGUCAGCUGCAGCCUGGGGUGCGAGGAUCCAGGAGCUGUCUCUCACCUGAGGUGUCAAAACAAACAAAAGCCAAUGUUACUUGUGCAACUCUGGCUCCAGUGUGCAUGUCCGGCAUCUGCCCAGAAUGUCUCCAAGUCAGCACACAAGGCCCCCCUCAGCCACCCUUGGGUGCCCCUUUGAAAUGCCCCAUACCCUUGAAGGGGUUUUUCUGCCCUCCUAAGAAGCCAAUGGUGGAAACAUGUUGAUUAGAAAGAGCUUUUUUCCCAGAGGCUGCUGAGGAGAGCGGAGCUGAGGUGAGGAGGGCCGAGCAUCUCACGAGCCGGGGCUGCAGCUGCGUGCGGGUUGCUGACCCCGCCUUCUUUCUGGCAUCUUCCUGACUUCGACAGGCCUGACUUUAUUUUGGUACGGGGCUGUGGGACAUUUCGGAGUGGACAUGCUUAGAGCCGGACCAGCUCCACAGACGAGUACACAGUAUGAAGAGUACAUACAUCAGGACUUUGCUGCACUGCCCCCUUUUAAGAAUUUAAGCAGAAAUAGUCAUGGCUAGUUCACAAAGAAUUUCAAAUUUCCAAUAUCAGGGAACAAAUUGUAUGUGCACGUGCGUGGGUGUGCAUACCUAUCAAAUAAUUUCUCCCCUCGAGGGAAAGGAAAUCACUAGGCAGCUUUUUGUUAGCAGUUGUUUUGGAGGUUUUAAGACAUUUCUCUGUCUUGUCCAUAGUUCUGUGUUGUCUGUCUGAGAAAUAUGUUAAAAAGCCACUGAGGCAAUUUAAAUGAAUGGUGGUUUGGAUAGCUGAAAAAAAAACCCACAAAAGAAUUAAAAGAAGGCACACUAUGAAGUCAGUCUGGGCCGUGCUGGAUUGGAAGCCCUCCUCGACCCACUGGCAUGGGAGGGAGAAGGGCUCAGGCAGGUGCCGGGGUGCCCGAAGGAAGCAGGCCCCAGUGGGCUACUCAGGUUCCUGAAGGCCUGCCACUUGCCCUUCUGAAUUGCUUCUCAUAGAUGGUUCUCGGAGCAAGGCUAGCAGCAGUGCCUUUGGGACCCAGGAGUCUGUUGAGUCUGGAAUGGCAUUUGUUCUUUAGCUCUUUUUCACCGUCUUGCCUUUGCUCUAGGGUCUGAGUAUUUACCCUUUUGUUGCCCCAUUCCAUCGCUUUGGAUGAAACCUCUCACCACACUGGCCUCAGCCCUACCUGCAGGCUGUCCACUCUCCUGACAGGGGCCAUGGCGGCGGUGGCAGUAAGUGGGAAAGGUUGCCCUGGCUCCUGAGGCCCAGCUGGGCACGGCUGCUCUGCAGCUCAGUAGAGGCGUGUUGUUCUCUACAGGGAGUAGGGAGACCCCCGGAAGCCUGGUCCUGGCCACGGUGUUGUGCCUGCUCUCCUGAGCGCCUUCAUUUCUCCUCUGUCAUCAUCUCCCUCCCUCCCUCCCUGCCCUUUGUUUGCCAGAGGAGGGGGCCGUGUCGGUGACUCCAGGAAGCACCUUGCAGCUGUGCAUCCUCUCAGCCUUGGAACUGGAACCACUGCCUCUCACUCCUGACCCACAACUGCAGCUGAAUUGUCAGGACAGCAGGAUUCUUCUGCCUUACAGAUAAAACACCACGAAUCUGCCCAUCAGCCAUUCACCCCUGGGCCUGGCAGGAAUGGCAGUGGCAGUGACCUUUCAAAUCCUUGGUGACACUUCGGUGCCACCAGCCUUUAAAUCAAGACCCUUGAAAAAAAAAUAAAGACCUUUUAAAAUGA